AUGGCGUCCAAACUCGCACCGUCGCUGCUGCGCGCAGCAUCGCGAGCAUCAUCGGCAGCUCCGCGACGCAGCCUGCGGCCCCAACAUCUGCGCCCCUUCUCGAGCACUCCCUCAACCCGCAGCGAGACUCUCUCGGUCCACCGCAAUACUCCCUACAACAACCCCUCAAUCCCAUUCAAAUUCAACGACAUGAACCUAAAACUCAUCGACGAAAUCCUCAAACGCUACCCCCCACAGUACAAGAAAGCAGCCGUGAUGCCGCUCCUCGACCUGGGGCAGCGCCAGCACGGCUUCACCUCGAUCAGUGUGAUGAACGAGGUAGCGCGGAUCCUCGAGAUGCCACCGAUGCGCGUCUACGAGGUCGCCACCUUUUACACCAUGUACAACCGCGAGCCCGUGGGCACCUUCUUCGUGCAGGUCUGCACCACCACCCCCUGCAUGCUAGGCGGCUGUGGCUCCGAUUCCAUCAUGAAGGCCAUCGAGCAAGAGCUGGGCAUCCACAGCGGACACAUGACGGACGACAAGGUCUUCAGCUUGCUGGAGGUCGAGUGCCUGGGCGCCUGCGUCAAUGCACCCAUGAUGCAGAUCAAUGACGACUACUACGAGGACCUGACGCCCGAGACGGCUGUGCAGCUGCUCAGGGCGCUGCGCGCCAGCGUCACCGAGAAUGGGUACGAUGCGAGCAAGGUGCCGCGUCCUGGCCCGCAGGAGCGCGAGGGCGGUCGGAGGAUGACGUGCGAGAAUGUUAAGACCCGGACGAAUCUGCUGCAGGAGCCGUACACAGCGGAGCAGGUGAUGCGGACUGAUGGAGAGCUGUGA